UCAUUAUUUGGUAAACUGUGACUUCUAACUGGCCUUUGCUCAUUUGCCCCUGACCAGUGUGGACUCUGUUGGUCAGAGUGAGGGAUGGAAUGACUGAGGCACAGCUGCUUGUGGCAGAUGGCAAUCAGAAGUUAUUUCCCUGUGAAGUCUGUGGGAGACGCUUUGCAACAGAUGUUCUGGAAAGGCAUGAACCGAUAUGUAAAAAAAUAUUCAACAAAAAACGCAAACCCUUCAACUCCUUAAAGCAGAGAUUACAGGGAACUGACAUUCCCACUGUGACUAAAUCUCCUCAGCCCAAGGUUCAGCCUGAGAGGAAAUCUAACUGGAGACAGCAGCAUGAGGAUUUCAUCAAUACGAUCCGAUCGGCCAAACAAUGCACUCUAGCCAUUAAAGAGGGCCGGCCCCUCCCACCUCCACCCCCUCCAACGGCCAACCCAGAUUAUAUUCAAUGCCCUUACUGUAUGAGGAGGUUUAACGAAACCGCUGCCCAGCGACAUAUUAAUUUCUGCAAAAAUCAGACCUCUCGACGUGUCUUUGAUCCAACCCAAAUAGCAGCCAGACUGGUAUCCAGAGCUCAGGGUAAGGCUCAGGCAAGCCCCAAAAAAUAACCAACUGUUACAAACGCUGUGGGUGCCCUGCAGCAGAGCAGGACUGUGGAGACCAAGAAUGACAUCAUGGCUAGUUCAAGGGCAUUCUACGACAAGAGCUUGCUAUGUAAACUUGACUAGAACUUUGUAUGAAGACCAAAUUGGCCUUGAACCUGAAGUGGAUCCUCCCACCUCUGCAUCCUCCUUCUGGGAUUGCAAGUGUGACGCACGCAGCACAUCUGGCUUCUUUUUUGUUUUAUUUUAACAUAAACCUUUAUAGCUAUAAAUUUCUUGUUACCUCUG